AGGUCCAGUGCCAGGUUUUUACAGCGGCCUCUGCCUGUGUCUGGCAGCAGCGCAGCAUGAAAGCAGUGGGAAACAGAAACACUAUGGCUGCCACUCUGUCUCUUACUCAGCUUUCCAGUGGAAAUCCCAUCUAUGACAAAUACUACAGACAGGUUGAUCCAACUGGAAGUGGGCGGGUGGCAGCAGCAGAUGCAGCUCUGUUCCUGAAGAGGUCAGGCUUGGCUGAUUUGGUCCUGGGGAAGGUCUGGGAUUUGGCAGAUUCUGAACGUAAAGGUGCUCUUAACAAACAGCAAUUCUUCAUAGCGCUGCGGUUGGUAGCCUGUGCUCAAAAUGGCCUGGAGGUGGCACUCAAGAGUCUUAAUGUGGCUGUUCCUCCACCCAAAUUUCACGACACAAGCAGCCCACUGUCAGCAGGAGUGGCUGUUGACAUUCCCUGGGUUGUCAAGCCUGAGGAGAAGAUUAAGUUUGACUCCAUCUUUGAAAGUCUGGGUCCAGCAGGAGGGAUGCUAACAGGAGACAAAGUCAAGCCUGUCUUACUCAACUCCAAACUGCCAGUGGACAUCCUCGGCAGGGUUUGGGAGCUCAGUGACAUCGACAGAGAUGGCAUGUUGGACAAAGAUGAGUUUUCAGUGGCGAUGUAUCUGGUGUACAGAGCACUGGAGGGGGAGCCUGUUCCCAUGUCCCUACCACCCCCCCUGGUUCCACCCUCAAAGAGAAAAAAACCCUCUGUGCCUCCUGUGAUGCCCCUGUUACCCUCACCCCCCUCAGUCAAAGACAGUCGCUCCUCCCACGCCGGCUCCAAGACCAUGCCCCACCCCCCAAAACCUGCCCCAGCUCCUGCCCCUACACCAGCAGCUGCCCCUUGGGUGGUGACACCGGCAGACAAGGCAAAGUACGAUGAGCUGUUCAGCAAGACGGAUAGUGACAUGGACGGACUUGUGUCUGGACCUGAAGUCAGAGACAUCUUCCUAAAGACGGGUUUGCCCUCUGCCACACUCGCACGAAUCUGGGAGCUUUGUGACAUUGGAGACAUCGGGAAACUGACACGAGAGCAGUUUGCCCUGGCACUUUAUCUGAUCAAUCAGAAGCUGACUAAAGGCCUGGAACCUCCACAGAGUCUCUCCCCAGAGAUGAUCCCUCCAUCGGACAGACUAAACAUUAAACAGAACAACUUGGCUAACCUGGCAGCUGACUUCUCUGCCAUCAAGGAGCUGGACUCUCUCAGUAACGAGAUUGUGGAACUACAAAGGGAGAAGAGCACUGUGGAAGAGGAGAUCAAGGAGAAGGAGGAGGCCAUCAGACAGCGCAGCAGCGAAGUACAGGAUUUACAAGAUGAGGUGGCAAGGGAAAGUGAGGAUCUGCAGCGGCUCCAAACUCAGCGUCAGAAGGUCCAGGAUGCCUUGGAGGAGCUGGACCAGCAGAAAAGCUCCCUUGAGGAACAGUUGUCUCACAUUCGCCAGCAAACCAACCAAGAGACCCAACUGAUUUCAUCACUACAGUCAGAGCAUGAGGAUCAGGAGCAGAAGAUUUGUCAGUAUGAGGAGGAGCUGGUACAAGCUAGAGAGGAGCUCCUCGCUCUGCAGGAAGAAAGCAGGAAGCUGCAGGAGAAGGUCCAGGCCGCUCAGGAGCAGCUCACUCCUCUGAAAGAGUCUGUCAGAGACUCCUUCACACAAGUUGCACAGGUCCAGCAGAAACUGAACGAUCUCCAGGUAGAGGAGAGGUCAGUCACUGCUCAGCUCAGCUGGAAGAGAGCCCUGGAGGACGGCUCUCCUGUCAUGAUGAAUGGAUCAGCAGGCCCUACAGCAGAGCCGCACCAGGUGGACCCCUUUCAGCAAGACCUCUUCCAAGAGGACCAGCCUAAAGAGCUAAAGGAAGAAGAUCCUAUAGAUAUAUGGAAUCAGCAGAUAGAGCAUGUACAAAUAAAGGAAAAGGACGAAGAAAAGGAGAGAGAUGAGGAAGAGGAAAAGGAGGAAGAGAGUCCAAAGACUACAGAGGAGGACAAACUGCAACCUGAUGCCCUGGAUGAUCUGUAUACUAGUUUGGCCUCAUCUGAUUUGUAUAAUAAUGUGUCCUCUCUCACAAAGUCCAACGAGAACACAGUAAAGGAACAAAAUAGCUCUACGCCUGACAUCUCCUCAGAGAUCACAGAUGAUGCAGAGGAGUCGCCUAAAGAGAGCUCAUCAAAGGUUUCAUCCCCAGAGCCAGAGAGAAAACAGGAGCAAGCUGAGACCCCAGAUACGAACCCCUCCUCGUUACCCCCUCCAACAGGCCCUCGCUCUCAGCCUCCCCAGACAGACCCUCCCUCCCUGCCUGAGAUGGACUUCUUCCAUUCAGACCCCUUCACUGACCACGAUCCGUUUAAAGACGAUCCAUUUGGAAAGGCAGAUACAGCAGACCCAUUCGGAGGCGAUCCAUUCAAAGGAUCAGACCCCUUUGCUGCAGACUCUUUCUUCAAACAGCCCUCUAGCGCUCCCUUUUCCUCAGAGGACCCUUUCUCUGCCUCAGCUGACCCAUUCGGUACCACUGCUGGAGUGCCAGAACCAGACCUGUUUGCAUCCAGGCCCAGUGACACAGAAGCUACACCAGCACCUGCACCAGCAGCUGAUCCAGAUCCCUUUGCCUCCAAACCUACAAAUCCAGCUUCAGUAGCCAAGGAUCCGUUCAGCUCCACAGGGAACAAUAUGGCAGAUCCUGACCUGUUUGGAGGCAAAAUUAACACCACGGGGGAGGGGGAUCCAUUCGGCUCUCAGGAUGGAGGGGCUGAUCCCUUCAGCUGCUCCUCGCCCAACUCUGACCUGGCUGUGAAGGACUCAGCUGCAUCCAAUGACCCGUUUGCUCCAGGUGGUACUUCAGUCAGCACAAACUCAGAUCCAGAUCCGUUUGCUGCUGUGUUUGGAAAUGAGUCAUUUGGAGGUGGCUUUGCAGACUUCAGUGCCUUGACAAAGUCAAAUGGUUCUGACCAGUUUGGCAUCAACAAUAAGAACCUGUUUCAGGAAGACAGUCAGUCUGCCAGCCCUGAUGUUCCCCCAGCCCUGCCCCCUAAAACGGGUACGCCAACUAGACCACCUCCCCCUCCUCCAGGUAAGAGAGCAUCCAUCUCCAGAACCGAGUCGUCUGACUCCUUCCAGCGACGAGGGCACUUCCCGGCAGGAGACUUUUCCUCCUCCACCUCCUCCUCCCUGCCUGCAAAGGACCCUUUAGCCGACCCCUUCGCCCCCUCCUCCCCUCCUCGUCAGAACGUACGGGAAGCUGACCGAUUUGCCAGCUUCGAUAAAUAUCCCACAGAAGAAGACAUGAUAGAGUGGGCAAAGCGCGAGAGCGAGCGAGAGGAAAAGGAGCGACUUGCCAGGCUCACCCAGCAGGAACAAGAGGACCUGGAGCUCGCUAUCGCACUCAGCAAGUCUGAACUCUCCUGAAGAACUCCCCUACCCUCCUCUCUUCUUUUCUUCCUCCUACUCUGGCCUGGCUUGGCUUGGCACGGCACAGCCCAGCCUGGACCAGCUCAGAAAGCACCAAAGCAAAGUGGGGACUGUAUAGGACUGAUUCAGCAGCACCUGCUGACCCCAUUAAGAGACCUUCUUAGAACAAACCCAUCUCUGAAUCAUGCAAGGCUCAUUUCCCCGGACUGUGUUCUCUCUUCACUGCGGUAAUGUUUUCUUUCCCAUCUUGUGAGUGUCUGUGGUUUUGUUUCAGGGGAGAGGACGAAGAUGAAGUGCACAGAAAAGAUUGUUAGUGAAGACGGAUGACAAGAUUGUCAAAUGGAAAAAUUGUUUAUGUCAAUACUGGGUUACAAAUCCUGCAUUAACUUUCUAGAAUGUAAUUUAUUUAAACAUGCACUCGAGAAGUCCUGUCUUUAUCCACUAGCAGUACUCGCACAUUUCAUAAAAAACUCAUCUCAGUCUUGCUUCUGAGGUUAUACUGAAAAAUUCAUGACAUUUCUUUAAUUAGAAGUAGACUUCAGAGGCAUUGCAACAAAAUGUAGUCUGCGUUCUUUGUCAGCCCAGUAUGACAGAAGAAGGCCGAUGACAUAAUUCAACCUUUCCUUCAUGAUUAACUGGAAGUCACCCAUCCUCUGAUAUAAGAAAUGCAUGUCGAGAUUAUCAAAAAAAAUCCAUCACACCUACAACCUUUUGCUUCUAGAUACUUUGACAUCUUUAAAUUCCCAGUUCAUGAUUCAGCCCAGCUUCACUUCUGUCUUUGUUUUAAACGUUAUAUCUUUUGGGACAGUAAAAGGAAUAAAACUACAUGUAUUACAUUUAAAUGAAACAUCAGGACACACUACAAGGGAUUGCACAAAACCACAACAGCUUUAACAAAAUUCAACAUUUGAUGUCUGACAUUGCAGCUUUAGAAAUGUUAUAACAACCAAAAUACGUCUUAUCUUUAGACUAGUAUCAAUUCUUCCAGUGACUGAGACAUUUCUUAAAGCUGGCCUGUGAUUUAGAAUGUAUUAUUUUUUCAGAAAUGUGUCGAGUGUGAACACCAACAGACAAAAAUCAGAUCAAAACUAGAAAAUGUAGUCAUAAAUGAAUGUAUGAGCACAGAAAAAAAGAUUAAAAACCCCUGGGAGGGUUGGGUGGCAUGAGUUAAUAAAUCAGUAUUGUUAAUAGUUUUUUUCAGUUCUCUGAUUUCAGCACCUUGGAUGCUGGAAGGGCAAAAACUUCUGUAAUGAGAGACGUGUUUUUAAAAAUGUAACUUCCUCAAAGAAUAUCCUUUUCACAGUUCAACACCACUUACCAUUUCAAAGUGCGCCUCAGUUUGUGUUUUUUUUUUUAUAUGAGCAAUCGUAUAAACAUCUCAUUUUCCAGGUUGUUUUUUUAUUUUUUGUUCAGGUGAAGCCGCUUUCUUACACAAAGUCUUGCAGACACCCACUUAAAGUUGACCAGCAUUUCUGUAGAGCAUUAUGUCCUCAGUCUGUACUCCUCAUGCUCGGAUUUAACUUGCAAAAAAGCCAGCUGAUACAGGAAGGAUAAAUUGCUCACUCCUGCAAACGCCCACGUUGCAGCUGGUUGGCCAGUGAUUCUUUCUCUUCUUCUUCUUUUUGUUGCUGGCUAACUUCGUGUCUCUCCUGUUAUGUUACGGUUUGCUCGGCUGUGAUAGACAGCUCUUUUUUUUUCUUUGCUUAUUUUCUGAUUGAAAUAAUCCCGAACAUCUGUGACACCACUGAUUAGUUCUAACAGUUCUUGUUUUCAGCCUUGUUUAGACUGAAGAUCUCUCUUCACGCCUCAAACCAGUCUACUUUCUAUGGCUGAUACUCCUCUCCUGUUCAGUGCGUCUCUUAUAUGGUAGUUAAUUGUAAAUACAAGAGAAAUGGUUCCAUCUGUCUGUUCGACCUUCAUAGCUGAGUUUCUUGUCAUACCACACUUCAUGUUUUCAUUCUCUCACUCUUUAAAGCCACCUGUCAUGUUACUCCCAUUUGUACAGACUCCUCCAUAUUCUACAACUCAAAAACCACUUGUUUUGUUUCUAGACUUACCCAUAAAGGCGUUUUAAGACUCAAGCUAAUUGUAUUUUUUUUGUAUUUUCUAACCUGUAUGAAAAAGAAAGACCUUAUUGGGAGGUUUGGCCAGGAUAUGUAAUGCAUUUAAUUGAAACAGAAUAAAUAUUAAACAUUUA